UCCCCGGCUCCAGAAGCUUCCUUCGACUCCUUGCUCCUUGCCACGCACCGCCGCCGCCGCCACCGGCGAAGAGGAGGAGGGCGAGGGGGGGAGGAUGGGAACCGGACAUAUACCGCUGCCUCGCCUGUACGAGUUCCUCCUCGGCAAAGAGCGCGACCGUUGGUCGCCGGAGGCCAGGUUCAUCGAAGCCGCCCACAACGGCGACAUCGGCAAGAUCAAGAAGAUUGCAAAGGAGAUGGACGUGCAGGGGCGUGGGAUCCCGGUGACGGUGGCCAGCACCACCUACAUGGGCAUGAACGCCCUCCAUGCCGCCGCCGGCUGCGGCAGCUUCUCUGUCUUCCAGUAUCUCGUGGAGGAGGUCAAGAUGGAUGUCGACUUGCCCGCUCAGCAGUUUACACCCGUGGCGCAUGCCGUCACCAAUGGCAACCUUCCUGCCGUCAAGUACCUCAUUGAUCAUGGCGCUGAUCUGCAUCAGCAACGUGCAGAGGGAAACAUCACCCUUCUUCAUGUAGCUGCAGUUCAUGGGUACUCUGAAAUAGUUAAGUUUCUUCUUGUGAGGGGAGCUGACGUCGAUGCAUUAUCAGAUCUUGGGACAGCACUCGCGGAUGCUGCCAUUAGAGGAUAUCCUAGUAUUGUCAAGACCCUUUUGGAGCACAAUGCAGAUCCCAACGACACUAGAUGUCAGUUUGGACCUUUAAGCAUGGCAUUACAAAAAUCUUCCGUAGCCUGUGUGAAGCUAUUGAUUCAGGGUGGAGCUAAUGUCAGUAGUGAUAGUCCUCGGGAUAAUCUUUUGGUGAAGGCUGCAGAGAAGGGCUUAACUGAAGCUAUCAAGUGCUUGUUGGAAGCUAGCGCAAACCCAAAUGUUCCUAACACAUUUGGUAGACUGCCAAUAGAGUUGGCUGUUGAGUAUGGUACACGGGAAGAUGUUGAGAUUCUCUUUCCGUUCACCUCACCCAUUUCAACUGUGGAAAAUUGGAGCGUUGAUGGAAUCAUUAGUCAUGUGAAGAUGGAAAUCAAGCAACUAGAGCUUGAUCCUGCAGAAACCUCUCAGGCCAGAAAUCUUCUGGUCUCUCCCAAGACGAUGGAUCCCUCCCUAGGGCCCAGGCAUUCACAAGGACGGGUGUGUUGGAGGGUAUCAAUAUCCGUCGAUCUUGCAGUAGUCAGCGAUGGAGAAGUGCGGGAGGAGGAAGGGCGCUGGUGGGUGCAUGCGCAGCGUCUCCUUGAUGGUUGCCCUUAGGUAGGCCAUGCUGCUAAGGUCCUCCUCUGUUAUCAUGUCUAACUUUUUUCCUUGGGAUCUUACCUCCUCCUGUAAUUUUUUCAGAAUGUGUCUGUUGUUCAUGAGCUCAGC